UCUACGCCGGCGAUAUGGCAGGUGGCAGCCGUCUGGCCGCUGGCGGGGUGCCGCCGCCGUUCUCCGGUAGCGCAGCCCAUCCUUCUCUUCUCGCGUUCCGAACUCGGUCACGGGGGCUAGACGGCUAGUAAUUCGCACGGCCAAUCAAAUCUCGGAGGGCGCGCGCGCGCGCGGGCUUGGCGCUCCAACGAGGAUGCCGCCGCCGCCGCGGCCCUUCCCUGCCCCAGCGGCGACGGCGCCUCCUCCGCGGCCGGCGUGGAACACGAACCGCAACCUGGUGGUGACCCACCCGCUGCUCUCCCUCCUCGAGCGCUGCUCGUCCUUCCGGCGCCUCCUCCAACUCCAGGCGCUGCUCACCGUCUCCGGCCUCGCCGCGCACCGCUUCCCGGCCUCCCGCCUCCUCGCCUUCUGCGCGCUCUCCGACCCGCCGCGCCCCGCCCACGCCGCCGCCGUCCUCGCCCAGUGCGCCGAGGGCCCCAACGCCUAUAUGCUCGCCACCAUGAUGCGCGGCUUCCUCCGCGCCGGCCUCCCUGCCCGCGCGCUCGACCUCUUCCGCCGCGUGCUCCGCGACCGCCUCCCCGCCGACGCGCGCACCUUCGUCUUCGCCAUCAAAGCAGCAGCAGCCGCCGCCUUGUCCCCCGGUGAAGCUGUCCACUGCGUCGCCCUCAAGCGAGGGUUCCUCAGCCAGAGCGUGCUCGUGGGCAACGCGCUCGUCCACUUGUACGCCAGCAGCAUGUCGUUUCGGGACGCGCGGAAUGUGUUCAACGAAAUGCCCGACCGGGACGUCGUAUCGUGGACAACGCUGGUGGACGGAUACGCGCGCGGUGGGAUGCCCGACGAGGCAUGGCGGGUGUUCUGCAGGAUGGUGGUAUCGGAGGGCAUGUGGCCUAACGGGGUGACACUGGUCGCCGCAGCCUCGGCAGUUGGGCAGAUGGGGCUACUGGCUCUGGGGAGGACGGUGCAUCGUUGUGUUGCUGGGAGUGGUGUUGGUACGAGCGUUAACUUGGAGAAUGCGCUGGUUGAUAUGUUUGGGAAGUGUGGGUGUUUGGCCUCUGCAAAGGAAGUAUUUGAGGGAAUGGUGGUCAAGGAUGUGUACUCCUGGACGAGCAUGAUCAGUGCAUAUGCUAAGUGUGGUGAUUUGGAGAGUGCAGUGCAGCUGUUCGACGAAAUGCCUAUGAGGAACACGGUUUCUUGGAGUUGCAUGAUUGCUGCUUACUCACAGGCGAAUCGACCGGACGAAGCAAUGAGGAUGUUCAACGACAUGAUUGCAGCAGGAAUGGAACCGAUUGAUGCCACUCUUGUGAGUGUUGUGUCGGCAUGUGCUCAGUUGGGUUGCUUGGAUCUUGGUAGUUGGCUAUAUGAGACUUACAUUGUCACUCAUAAGGUUAGGCUUACAGUGAAUCUAGGUAAUGCAUUCAUCAAUAUGUUUGCAAAAUGCGGAGAUGUGGGUGCAGCAUCAAGAUUAUUUGACUACAUGGAAGAGAGGAAUUCAGUAAGUUGGAACUCGGUGAUCAUGGCCCAUGCCUCGCAUGGUCAGUCUGAAGAAGCUCUUCAUCUCUUUCAGCAGUUGAAAGGAACUAGUAUUUUGCCUGAUGAGAUCACAUAUAUUGGGGUACUUUCUGCGUGCAGUCAUAGUGGUUCAGUUUCUGAAGGGCAGCGCCAUUUCAAAGAAAUGAAGGUGGUUUAUGGGAUUGAACCCAGGGCUGAACAUUAUGCUUGCAUGAUCGAUCUUUUGGGUAAAGUUGGGCUUGUAGAAGAGGCAUUUGAAGUUGCAAGAAGUAUGCCAAUUGGAGCUGAUGUGGCUGGUUGGGGUGCUCUUUUAAACGCAUGCAGAAUGCAUGGUAAAGUUGAGAUUGGUGAAUGUGCUGCAGCUAAGCUUGCUGAGCUAGAUCCUUUUGACAGUGGAAUCUAUGUACUUAUGAGCCAAAUAUAUGCAAGUGAAAGCAAAUGGGACCAGGUGAAGAUGCUGAGGACAGUGAUGAGAGAUAGAGGUGUAAAGAAGAAUCCUGGAUGUAGUUCUAUCGAAGUGGAUGGAAAGUUUCAUGAGUUUCUGGCUGCAGAUGUUUCACAUGUCCACUCAGAAGAUAUAUAUGCUGCAUUGAAGAAUGUUUAUAUUCAUUUAAAAGCAGAAGGUGAAUUGCAUGCUGUGGAGCUUUUCUUAGGUGGAGUGUCUCCCUUUCAGAUGGCCUAGUUGCGGAAUCAGCAGAAGGCCUUCGUAUAUAUGAUUCAGGACAUCCGGACAGGACGAGUGAUCCUUCGCUGCGAUAGUACCGGCGACCUCUACACCAUCCCAUCAGUCGCCCCCGCAGCCACAAAAGCCAUGCUUGCCGCCUCUUCAUCCUUGUGGCAUCGUCGCCUUGGUCAUUCUGGUCCAGCAGUCUUAGCUACUUUAAAACAGAACAAUUUAGUUUCAUGUAAUAAAGUAGAUCGCUCGCUUUGUCAUGCAUGUCAGCUUGGCAAGCACGCGCGUGUUUCGUUUGCUACUUCUACUUCUCAAACUACUUCACCUUUUCAGAUAGUUCACUGUGAUGUCUGGACCUCACCGUUUGCUAGUAUUUCUGGUUGUUCCUACUAGGUUUUGUUGGAUGAUUUUUUGCACUAUUGUUGGACGUUCCCGCUUAAGCACAAAUCCGAUGUACAUCAGCAUAUCGUUGAUUUUAUUGCUUAUGCUUGCACUCAGUUCAGCCUUCCCGUUAAGUGUUUUCAAGCCGAUAACGGGACUGAGUUUGUUAACCACGCCAUGCACACCACCCUGUGCGCAAAUGGUGUUAUCUUUCACCUCUCAUGCCCUUACACCUCUCCACAGAAUAGCAAGGCCGAACGCAUCCUUCGAACUCUUAACAAUUCAGUGCGAACCCUCCUCAUCCAUGCCUCUAUGCCGCCCAAGUAUUGGGCUGAGGCGCUAGCAGCAGCCACCUAUCUGCUUAACCGGCGCCCCUCCUCCUCCAUUAGUAACGUGAUUCCCUAUUUUCGCCUAUAUAAUGCUUAUUCUGGGCGAGUGUGGUUUCGUGCCCCCGUCCGGUUCUUCGGCGUCUUCUUCUACGGGCGGGACGGAUUCCAGCCCACUUCCUGCGCCAGCAACGGCAGCUGAUCCACCUGCACCUCCUGGAGCGCCUAGUGCUUCUUCUGGGAUGCCUGGAGCGUCUGGUGCUGCUGUUCCUGCUCCUGGAGCGCCUCCUGGUGGUGCUGUACCUAGCGGGCGCUUCGGUCAAGUCUACACUCGCCGACCAGCUGCUGCUCCAACUACUACAUCUGUUCCUGGACGCUUCGGUCAAGUGUACAGCCGCCGACCAGCUGCUGCUACGGUGCCAUCUUCGCAGCCUGGUCGCCCUCUUUGCGAGCUCCCUCUACCGCAGCUGCAGGGCCACUACCUAGGCCCUCUUCCGGCGCGGUCUUCAGAAGCUCCUCCUAGAGAGCUUCCUCCACUUGAGCCUCCCGACGUCCGAUGAGUGGUUCUCCUCCACCGCCGGUCCUUCGCCGCAUUACUCGACUCCAGUCUGGUACAAUUCAGCCAGUUAGUUACAAGAAUUUGUUUGCUGAUCAUGUUGUUGCUUCUCCCGUUCCGGCCAAUUACCGUAGUGCACUUGCGGAUCCUAAUUGGCGAGCAGCUAUGGCAGAUGAGUUUCAGGUUCUGGUUGAUAAUGGUACUUGGCGCCUUGUUCCUCAACCUCCUGGAGCUAAUGUGGUUACUGGCAAUUAGAUUUUCAAGCAUAAAUUUCAUUCAGAUGGUUCUCUUGCACGUCAUAAAACUAGAUGGGUUGUCCGUGGAUUUUCUCAGCAGCGUGCAUAGAUUAUGAUGAGACUUUCAGUCCUAUGGUCAAGCCUGCCACCAUUCGUACUGUUCUUAGCCUUGCUGUAUCUCGUCAUUGGCCUAUUCGUCAGCUCGAUGUGAAGAAUGCCUUUCUGCAUGGACAUCUAGAUGAGACAGUGUACUGCCAGCAGCCUCCUGGUUUUGCUGAUCCUUCACAUCCAGAUUAUGUUUGUCUUCUGUAGAAGUCGCUUUAUGGGUUGAAGCAGGCUCCUCGGGCAUGGUACCAGCGAUACGCUACAUAUAUUCGUCAGUUGGGGUUUGUUCCGUCAGUCUCCGACACUUCCUUGUUUGUUUACAAGGAUGGCGCCAGCACUGCUUACAUGCUUCUCUAUGUCGAUGACAUUGUUCUCACUGCUUCGUCGACAGAUUUGCUUCUCUCCAUUAUUGGUCGCCUUCAUGUAGAUUUUGCUAUGACUGAUCUGGGUGAUCUACAUCACUUUCUUAGGAUUUUUGUCACCCGUACUUCAGAGGGUUUAUUCUUGUCCCAGCGACAGUACGUCUCGGAUCUGCUACAGCGCGCCGGUAUGAGCGAGUGUCACUCUACCUUGACGCCAGUUGAUAGCAAGCCCAAGCUGUCUGCUACAGAUGGUCCUCCGGUUACGGAUCCUUCAGAGUACAUGAGUAUUGUUGGUGCACUGCAGUAUCAUACUUUGACUCGUCCUGAUUUGGCCUAUGCUGUUCAGCAAGUCUGCUUGUUUAUGCAUGAUCCGAGGGAACCACAUCUUGCACUCGUCAAGCGGAUUUUGCGUUAUGUCAAGGGCACUCUGGACGCUGGUCUUUCUUUGGGAGUUGGCUCUGUCGACACACUCACCACAUAUUCUAAUGCUGAUU